AUGAACAAGCUUUUCAUUCAUCAUUAUGGACAUUCUCUUCCGAACAAGCUUGCACUUGGAAUGGCCAUAAUCAUAAUUUUAUAUGGAUUAAUAUUAAACUUCAUUAGGGUAGAUCAAUAUCCAAUGAAUUUUGUACAGGGUUCGUUGUUCAUGGACCGAUCAACAAGGCAGGAUGCGAAAGUAUCUGAGUCAUUCACACAAUCAUGGCCGCUCCGAAUAUAUUCAUCAUCAGGAAAAGUGAAAACCAAUACCAAAUUAUCAUCACUUCGAACCAUGAAACAUAUGCAUUAUGUGGAUCUAAGUACAUUGGAAAGUGAUCAACAUAAUCAAAACGAUGAACCAAAUGGAGCCAAUAAUGGAACCAUUGUGGUGGAUAUGCCCCAAGGAGGAGUUGCCUUUACUAUUGUAACAAACUUGAGUGUUGGAGUUGUUUUUCUCGUAUUGUUCAUAUUGUUUCGACCUUUUCUUCCUCUCUUCAAUUUGAAAGAAAAGAAAACGCUUUUAAAAACUGUGAAAGAAAAUAUCAGGUCUCGAAAUAAUUAUAUCAAUUACAAAGAUAAAGGUGGCGAUAUUUAUCCAACAGUGGAUGAAGAUUUAUUAGAAUCGUCCUCGAUUAUUAAUAGAGAAAAACAGGAUACCAAAUUUGCAAACUUACUUGAUUUUAAUGAGGAAAAUGACGCAGAUGAAGUAGAAGAGGAUGUUGAACAAACAAACACAACUAUUGCAACACCAGUCAGCCUUUCAGAGUACAACUUACUUGGGUCAUCGUCUCCAAUUGUUGAAGAUAGUCCCAGAAUUUCCAUACAACAUUUGAGUCAAGCUGAAAAAUUAUCACAGGCUGCAUCCAAAUCACCACAAAGAAAAUCAUCCUUUGCUAAGCCUUACCAAACUAAAAUGGAACGCUUUCAGGCAGCCAUGAUUGACUUUUGUCGCGAAAAAUGGAAGUUUUUGGUAGAAUUUGUGAAAUUUAGUGUUGAUGUGCUGCUUUCAUUUGUCUCUAAAAGACACAACCAUGAGGAUAUGGAACGCCUCUUGAAUAGAUAUUCUAGAGAUGUAGCUGUAUACUUACUCUUCCAGAAGGAGUUCAUCUCUGCCAUGAUAGUUAUUAGUGCUCUUUGUGCAAUAGUAUUGCUACCGAUCCACCUGACUCAAGAAACUGAUAUUGAAAACAAAAAUUUUGAUUUCAAUGGAUUUAACGUAGCUCCAAGUGACUAUCCAUUGUUAAAAACAACCAUAUCCACUGUAUUGGAUAGCCCAUUCCUAUUGUUGAUCCAUGUAUUUCUCUCUUUUGUAGUGUCUUUCAUAUUUGGCUUAUUUUUGUUCAAGUUUACGAGACAUGAUAUUGUUACCACAGAACAUUAUGGAUCCAAGAAUGAAGUGAUACAAACAGAAGUCAUUAGCUCGCACAGCGUGCUCGUUCAAGAUUUGCCAGGCGAUUUUAAUAGUGAACCUCAAUUUGAGAAAAUGGUUCGAGAGGAACUAUGUCCUGGGUUAAAUGUAGUGAAAGCAGUACUAAUUUAUGAUGUGUAUGAUAGAAUUCAAAUGCAAAACGAUUAUCAAGACAUUUGUGAUCAAUUAGAACAUAACGAAUUUCUGCAAGAUCUUCACCAUGCUCAUAAGAGAACAUUUUGGAGAUACAUGUACCGUGACAGAUCUAAAAAAAUUGAAACACUGAAGAAACGAAAACGAGAAUUACGACUUGACAUGCAACAUUGGGAUGCAAUCUAUCAUCGUGUUAAAAAUGAUGAAUAUGGAGCUGAGCAUGACAUUAUACCAUGUUUAAAAUAUGGUUUUAUAGUUUUUGAAACCACAAAAGAUGCCCAAACAUGUAUUGAUAAUUAUUACAAGCGUGGAGACAUCAAAAUGCCAAUUAAGGCCUCAACUAUUUCUGAUUUGGAUGAGAGUGGAGAUGUUGUGAACAUUUCUACCAUUAGAACCAUAUCAUUCCAAAUUAAACAAGCAUAUGAGCCCAAUGACAUCAACUGGGAAAAUAUGCUCACAUAUACUGGAUUUUGGGAUGGACUUCGAAACUUCUUGAUGCAAUUUGUAGUCAUUUUGAUUUUCAUUUUCUUGACCACACCGAUGGCCUUGUUCUCCUCAUUGGAAUCUUUGACACGAAUUCCCAUUGUACACAUUUCCUUAUUCAAGUUUAAAGAGAGUGCUGGAGAAUUCGGAUCAGUCAUAUUUCAAUAUACCCCAACGCUUGCUCUCCAUCUCUUCUCCAUUUUCCUUCCCUAUGGUAUCUGGUAUGCUCAAGACUUUUCCAAGUUCCGAUCCAAAUCAAGAUACAUGAGAAAACUCAUUUCCAGAUUAUUCAUUUAUCUCGUACUUUCUACAUUGAUCAUGCCAAUGCUUUCAUUAACCAGUUUUGAUGCUUUUAUCAAUCUGGUUCAACAACAAGGUAACAUUUCAGAAAUGCUCAGCAAUAUGUUUCUUCCUGGAGCUGGAUCCUAUUUCUUUAACUUUGUUCUUCAAACAGCUAUUUUGAAGAAUUGUGAAGAUAUUUUGAGAGUUUAUAAUUUAAUUUAUUACUUGUGGGGAACAAGAUAUCUACCAAAAUGUAGUCCUCUUCAGAAAUUGAAAGCAUGUGAACUUUCUCUCUUCUACUUUGAAUAUGAAUAUCCAUUCAUGUUGUCUAUUCUUGCCAUUUGCAUUACCAACUCACUAUUUUCUCCAUUGAUUUUAUUCUGCUGUUUAUUAUAUCUCAUUUUCAAACAUUUAGUGGAUCGAUAUGUCAUUAUGUAUAUUUAUGGACAUGUCGCUGAGGGAGCUUGUCAAGGUGUGCUCACCAACAAUUUUAAAUCUCACCGAAAAUUAAUUUCACUUUUGUGUUCACUUGUCAUGGCAAUUAUGGCCAUCUAUCACGGAAGUAUGACAUUAUUUUUUGGAAUUAGAAUCAAAGCCAAUGCAUGGUUUAUUUCACAUACAGUGCUUAGCGGAAUUGCUUUUGCAGGAAUUAUGGCAGUUUGGUUUACCUAUUUUACCAAAAACACAACUGCAAAGGAUUUCAUUCGACAACGGAUAUUUAAACCAAUCAGAAACUUCUUCAUGACAGGAUCCAUCACAUCCUAUUCCAAUGGUUCACUCAAUGAGGAACAGGAAUUUAAGGCUGGAGAUACGCAUUAUUAUCGUUCGUAUGGUAGUGAUCAAAAUUCCAAAGUUAACUUUUCAACACUCACCAAACCUAAGGAAGAGUUGCUCGAACAAAUGAAAAGAGCCUACGAACCUCCUUUCAAAUAUUUUAUUAACGAGUUGGAUGCUGACAAACAACUUGUCAUUUAA